UAAAUAAUCAUGGAUUAAAGCGAUAGAUAUGAUAAUGAGAAGAUUCUAAAGUUGCUGACAGAAGCCAAUCAAUUCUUUGAGUAGAAUAGAGAUUACCCUCCCCAACAAAUUGGUGAAUUUCUGGUUGAAUUUUGUAAACUAUUCAAACAAUUGGGCAAAUUGCUAUAUUUUGCAUUCUCAGAUGUCAUUGAAAAGGCUUAAAUCAUCAAAGAUAGAGGAAAUGAAUACAACGAACAAACUAAGGGAAUCUUUGGAGUCAUCCAAAUAGAGAAGUAGAAAGGAUUAAUGGAAUUGAAUGGAGAGAACAAUAAAGAGAUCUUAAAAAAUAAAGUAACACUAACUCAUCAAUUUAUAAAUAGACAUUACCUAAUUAUUAAUCUAUGGCUAGAACAAUGUUGAGAAUCAUUAGAUUCUUUAAUUAUUUGAAGAUCAUGUUCCUUGAUGUUGAUAAUAAUAGAAAUAAGAAGUUUUCAGAUAUCUGUUCUGAUGCAUACAAUGAAGCUUUGGCACCUUACCAUACGUAAUUAAUUCUUAAACAUUUGUAGAUUCAUGGUAAGAAAUGCUGCCAAAGCUGCCUGGUUAGCUGCUCCAAGUAGAACAAAAGUCUUUGAAACUUUUGUUGGACCCAACCAGACUGAUGAAGUUGCUUACGCAGCAAUCAAAAAAUUUGUUAAUGCACUUGAACCAAUCAGACUCAACUUCUGGGAUUAUUAUAAUACAAACAAAUUAACCAAUCUGCCAUGAAAAUAUCACAUACAUACAAUU